CCCUGAGCAUCUUUCACAUCCCCGCCACAACUCACAGUUGACUGUCUCAAAAACCUUCAAUUCCCCCCCCCCAAACCAAGCCUUACAUCUCCCUGCAAUUGCUCUGCCUAAGCACGAUUGCCCAUAGUGCCAAUGUCAAUGUCUCUGCGUUUAUCGGCGAGGAGGACGGCGGCCGCAAGCCUGAAAAUGAGCAAUGCCCCGGCUCGGCGCUGUGCGUCACAAGCCGCGGCUGCGGCCUCUGGUUCGAAUAUGCCGGAGCAAUUGAAGAAUGAAAUAUUCAAAGCAGCGAACCUCCCAAACCCAGACCCAGCUGAAGACUCCGCCACCACGACCGUCGUGAACGAGCAAGCGCCGUACAUGGUGAAGACCUACGCGCGCCCCGCCCCCAUGUUCGUCAAAGGCCAAGGGUCCUACCUCUACGACCUCGAGAACAGGAAGUACCUCGACUUCACCGCCGGGAUCGCCGUCAACGCCCUCGGCCACUGCGACCCGGAGAUCAGCGAGCUCAUCUACUCGCAAGCCAAGACGCUGGUGCACACCUCGAACCUGUACCACAACCCCUGGACGGGCGCGCUGUCGAUGCUGCUGGUGCAGAAGACGCUCGGGUCCGGGAGCAUGGCGGGCGUCGAGGCGGUGUUCAUCUGUAACUCUGGCUCGGAGGCGAACGAGGCGGCUAUCAAGUUCGCGCGCAAGGCGGGCAAGGUGGCGGACCCGAGCGGCAAGAAGCAUGAGAUUGUGUCGUUUAAUAACUCGUUUCAUGGACGCACGAUGGGGUCGUUGUCCGCGACGCCGAAUCCAAAGUACCAAGCCCCCUUCGCGCCUAUGCUUCCCGGGUUCCGCUACGGGACUUACAAUGAUGUCGCUGGUGUUGCUGAGCUCGUGACACCCACCACAUCUGGCGUGAUCGUGGAGCCGAUCCAGGGCGAGGGCGGGGUGCAUGUCGCUACGCCGGAGUUCCUGGUCGCGCUUGCGAAGCGCUGUAAGGAGGUCGGCGCGGUGCUGAUAUAUGACGAGAUUCAGUGCGGGUUAUCCCGCACGGGCACGUUGUGGGCGCACAGCGAUUUGCCGGCUGAGGCGCAUCCGGAUAUUCUGACGACGGCGAAGGCGCUGGGGAAUGGGUUCCCUGUUGGGGCGACGCUGGUGACGGGGGCGGUGGCGGAGAAGAUCGCGGUGGGGGAUCAUGGGACGACGUUUGGGGGCAAUCCGCUCGCGUCGAGGUUGGCGCAUCAUAUUGUGUCUAGGCUCUCGCAGCCUGAGCUUCAGUCGGCAGUUUCUGCGAAGUCUGCCUUGUUUGUGGGGCGGAUGAAGAAGCUACAGGAGAAGUACCCUAAGCUUGUGGGGGAGAUUAGGGGGAAGGGGCUGCUGCUGGGAUUGCAGCUUGAUCGCGAUCCGACGCCGAUUGUGGCGGCGGCGAGGGAGAGGGGGUUGUUGGUUAUUACGGCGGGGACGAAUACGUUGAGGUUUGUGCCGCCGUUGACGAUUUCGGAGGAGGAGAUUGAGGAGGGGUUUGCGGUGCUGGAUAAGGUUAUGGCGGUUGUUGCUGCGGGGGGUAACUGA